CCAGCAGAGUCAGGGAUCCUGUCCCCUCUCACACCUCACCCGUUCUCCCCUCUCUCCCCAACCUCAACUUAAUAUGUUUCCUAGCUUUGAAGGAGGAGGAGUGGAUUAAUCCGUGCGCAACACAGCAGAUAUUUGAACUUCUCAACUUGGAUUUUUUGUUCUUUCAGGUCCUAUAUUUUAAAUUUUAAUUUGACCUCCAGACUGUGUCACUGUGAUCUGUUGCGAUGGCUGUUGGAGUUAUAAAUUCACAAGACAAAGGUUCCAUAUGUGGGAGCGGGUCUUUGGACCAUGGUUCGAUAGAGGAGCAGGAACCUCCACCUCCACUCCGCAGCUACCUGUUUUUGACUAUUUUCACCUGCUUUUGUCCUGCGUACCCUGUCAACAUUGUGGCGCUGGUUUUCUCCAUCAUGUCCAGGAACAGUUAUUAUGACGGUGACUACGAUGGGUCCUGGCGGCUGGGCAGGAACGCUCUCUAUGUUGCCAUAGCCUCCAUCUUCAUCGGCCUCCUCAUCAUCGCCAUCUUCUGCAUUGUUCACUUCACCACAAUGGAUUUUUAAGCACUGUGCAAAGAGGACACAUCGAACCUCUGUUGAUCUCUGGAUGAAGUCCGGUGGUGGGAUCAUACAUCGGCCAAUGAAAAGACUCGACUCAUGUUUACUUCAAUCUGUACAUCACCUCCUCUCUUCUUUCCCCCCAAAUGUGACAAAUGUAUGCAACUGUUGAGUCAUUUAUAUCAGCUUUGCAUAUGUGUGUGUGUGUGUGUGUGUGUGUGUGGAGAACCACAGCGGCAAAAACAACACGGCGGAAUAUUUGCCUCCACUGUGGAUACUUUGUCACCAACAGAUUUCAAUGAUAUGAGUUUAAGCUCAAGUAGAACACAUUACAUUUGUAUGUAGUUGUAGCUUGGCUGAAUUUAAAGGGUCCUUCGUGGAGGUCUAUGCUUACUGAGUGUCAUUGUAGUUAGUAAUAUUGAUAUUAUGUGCUUUUUUUAUUAUGAUACCGUGAUGAUUUUUCUUUGUGGAAGGAAACAUAAAUAAUCUAACUUUGUAUCUAA